CUCUGGAUAGAGCGGAACAAUAUCCUAUCUAUCUAUCUAUCUAUCUAUCUAGUCAACUUCCCUCGACUUUUAGUGUACUGUUAUUAUAUCAAUCCGUGCUAUAUCUAUCUAGUUAUGUUACUAGCAGAGCUGCACAAAUUUCUCAGGAAAUCCGUGAAACUGUGAAAAACAAAAUCCGGGAAUAACAAGUGAUAAAAAUCCUUAAUAAAUAAACCCGUGAAAUAUCCCGGGACGGAUAAUCUUGAAUGGUUGAAAGGCUGGCAGGGGGUUAGAGGGUCAUGAGAAACUAGCUCAGCUUAUCCAACCCAAUGAAUGGAAUUGAUUCCAAUUGAUGAAGAUUGAAAAAGAAGGGAAAACCUGCUGAAAAAGUGAAUUCUUAUGAAAACAAACAGUGAAUUGAUUUGACACAAUAAUGUUGGAAGACGAUAAAGUAUCGGAUUAAAAGUGAUUUAGAGGAGUGAGAAAAUGCGCUGGAUUCAGUUUAUUCUGCUUGUGGGCAGUACAGUGCAGUACAGUGCACAGUUCCAAUCCUGCCCGUCUGUUUGUACAUGCAAAUGGAAAAAUGGGAAGAGAUGGGUGGAGUGCAGGAACAAGGGACAAAUAUCUCUACCAGACAAUAUAGAUCCAGAAACACAGGUUUUGGAUUUGACCGGUAACAAUCUUCAAAUUCUACCUAGAGAAGUUUUCAGUCGACAUGGACUUUUAAACCUUCAGAAACUCAAGCUAUCAGACUGCAAUAUAGGUCAGAUUGAUCCUACGGCAUUCCGUGGUCUCACCAACCUGGUAGAACUGGAUCUAUCUGGGAACCUACUUAAUACUGUUCCUACUCCAACUUUCUCAGAUAUACCGUAUCUGCGUGACCUUGCCUUGAACAAUAAUCCUCUUCAAAGGAUUGAAAAUUCUGCUUUUGAGAUGAUUCCUCAGCUAGUAUCAUUGGAUCUAUCAGGUUGCCAAAUACGUCGUGUUCAUGCCAGAGGUUUCUUCAACAUUAAAAACUUGCUCAAACUCUCUCUUCAUAAUAAUAAAAUUGAAGAAUUAAAACAGAAAGUAUUUGAAAAUUUACGGGAACUCCAUUCUUUGAGCAUUCAUGAGAAUCCCUGGAAUUGUGAUUGUUCCAUCAGGCCUCUCAUAGAUUGGUUGAAUGUAGAGAAUAUACCCUUGCUGGAUCAGCCACGUUGCUUUCUCCCAGACAGGCUGAGAGGAAACCGGUUUUCAGAUAUACCAUUGCAGGAGUUUGCCUGUGCUCCUCAGAUGUUGCCUGUUCAGGCAGUUAUCGAAGGAAAUAUAGGAGGAAAAGGAUCUUUAACCUGUCGUAUCCAUAGUGUACCCGCCGGUACAAUCACCUGGUACCGGGCCGGUACCAUACUGCAGAACUACAGUACAGAGGAGAGGGGUACAAGGAAGCUCUUUGUUUAUCAGAAAACUGAAGGACCAGAGAUAUCAAGUCUUUUAGUCCUGGAUGAGUUGGAUGAGGAGGAUGGUGGAGAGUAUCUAUGUGUGGGAGAAAACAGUGCAGGACGUAUUCAGACAAAUUUUACUCUCAACACAGGUUACUAUGAGGUUGGAAGUGUAUUGAGUGGAGGUGAGAUAGCUGGUAUAGCUGUAACCUUGAUUCUCCUGGUUCUGGUGCUACUGGUUAUAUUGAUGGUGGUUCUGCAGAAAAUAAAACCUUAUUUUGUAUCAGGUAAAAAGCAGCGAGGGGGAGUUGAUACAACUGAUCAGGUAGCCGGGGGGCCAGCUGACCAGCAGCCUAGUCAGGCAGCGCAGGCCGGACAGAGUAAUCCUGUUCAGAAUCCUCCAAGGAUUACAGAGCUAACGAAAGGUGAAAUCCGAACUAAUGGGAGUAUAGCAAUCAACGGAACUACCUACACCCCACCCUCUGGUGUACAGAACGGAUAUAUAAACCCCGAUGUGAUUCCUAAUUUACCAAACGGGAUCAUUGGAUCGGAUAGUAGUGACACAAGUGGAUCUGAGAUAAGAGUCCACUAUUCGGAGGAAAUUGCACAAAAUCUUGCAAACCGACAAACAGACAUUACAGGUUUUCCUGUUGCUGGCUCCACCCCCCGUGGAGGUGCAUUAGGGCGGUACGAAAACUUCCCGCCCCCUCUCAGUAGCGUUGGAGUCUCUAGCCCUAGCUAUUCAAGGUUAGAAAGCGACAGUCUCUACCCGUCCUCUUUAUAUGAUCUAGGACGACCUUUAGAUCCUCUAAUGGCCUCCAUGGAGGUCCAGAGAACACCGAUUGAAGGCCGGCGGUCCGGUCGUCAUAGUCCAGCCAUGCGAAGUCCCAAACCUACCACAAGGACCGGGCUGGAAAGUCCUAAAACUUUACCCCGGUCCUGUUUUCGUCCUUCUCCGGGUGGGUUGAAUAGUCCAAGGACUGUGAGGAGUUCACAAUUCAAUAACUCAACGCUAGGGGACGAAUCCUACAGUUCUGAGAGAUUUGGAGAGUUGGAUUUAAGUGUUUCUAGUGCUUCCGUCUUCCAACCUGAAUCCCAACCCUUCCAAUCCAGUGAAUUCAACUCCAUCUACGGACAAAAAAGUGAACUAAGGACUCACGGAGGUACCCCCCUCCAGUACCGUUUAAACCCUGGGUACCAGGACUCAACGGGCGGAUUUAAACCUGAGCACACGUUUAAUACUAAUGGAGAGUCAACCUUGCAGUUGAACAGAAGAUCGGACAGUUUCGUGUACGGCACUCUUCCUAAAGGGUUGUCUGGAAAGGCUGUGUUAGAAUCCCGAGUACCUGAUUGGCUGAAUCCAUCCUAUCCUUCCAACCAUUCACUCUCACAACCAGCCUCAAACUCAUACUCACAACCCAGACCAUACUCACAACCCUACUCCCAACCCCAGUCCUACUCCCAACCCCAGUCCUACUCCCAACCCCAGUCAUAUUCCCAACCAAACUCCCAAUUCUCUCAACAGCAAUAUUCCCAACCUUUAUCCCAAUCUUCUAACUAUUCUCAACAGCCAUCCUAUCCUACUGACUACGGGUUACCUUACAGGUUUGGAGGAAUAGUUAAUCCUCUGGAGACCCUUGAGGAGGAGGAGAUUUCAAGCCCGGAGUAUAUUCAUCCAUCAAUCAGAGCUCUAGAUAUGCUUAAUCAUACUCCAGGUUCUGGUUUUACAAAAACUAAUAUGGAUAAUUCGUCAUCACAGGAGUCAAGUAGUGGAAGAGGGAGUAGUAGUCCUAACACAACAAGAUCUUGGACUAAACCUUUAAAACAAUCUAAACAAGGAUCAAGUCCCCGUGAGUCCCCAGACGAAGGAAUACAAACAGAUUGCGGGACUGAUGUUUAAUUGUUAAACCAUACCAGAUAUCCAUACCAGAUAUCCAGACCUGAUAUCCAUACCAGAUAUCCAGACCAGAUAUCCAGAUCAGUUAUCCAGACCAGCUAUACAGACCAGAUAUCCAGAUCAGAUAUCCAGACCAGAAAUCCAUACCAGAUAUCCAAACUAGACAUCCAUACCAGAUAUCUACACCGGAUAUCCAGACCAGAUAUCCAUACCAGAUAUCCACACCAGUUAUACAGACCAGAUAUUCAGACAAGAUAUCCUUACCAGAUAUCCACACCAGAUAUCCAGACAAGAUAUCCAGACAAGAUAUCCUUACCAGAUAUCCAGACAAGAUAUCUUUAACAUAUUCAACAAACAUGUCGUUCAAUAUUAAAUGAAAACAUUUAUUCAAUUAAAGACAAGAACUUUUUCAUUUACAAGAAUCUUUAUAUUUUCAGCUAAACCAAUUAACUGAACAAAUCCAACUUACAAUCAAUAAACUCACAAUUUCCCUUUUAAAGCUCCAGAGGUCGAAAUUUUUGAGGUAGCGAGAACAUUUGAAGCGAUUGCGCGAUUAAUCCGUGAAGAAGUUAAUCCACAUCUUCGCGAUUCCUCCUUCACCGAGAGCAGAGUUGCUUUAGAUCUGUCGAUGUUGCCAUUAUUUCAAGAGACAUUCAAAAGGAAAAAUGUUAAUCCAGAAAAAAUGCGUUUUAUGUUUUUUGUUUUUUGUUUUGUUUUGUUUUUUGAAUGAAUUAAAAAUACAAAAGUCUCAACCUCUGAAUAUUUAAGUAUUGCAGUAGUUUCAUUCUAAACUUUUUAAUGGCAUUAUUUUCCCUCUCUUUCUCUAGCAGCUUGUUCAACAUUAAUAUUCGUUGUUAGAUAUAUUUUCUUGUAAGUUAUUAACAUUUUCUAUUUUAAAUAUAGGAUUCCCGUCAUUAUUGGGUCACCCCUUCCCCCUCUCCUUAUGCAAAUUUANU